CAGACAUUCCUCAGGAUGAGCCGUCCGGAGUCCAUGCAGGAGGCAACAGAGGUGACACUGAAGACAGAGGUGGAGGCAGGAGCCAGCGGCUACAGUGUCACAGGUGGUGGAGAGAAGGGGAUCUUUGUCAAGCAAGUGCUGAAGGACUCCUCAGCUGCCAAGUUCUUCAACUUGAGAGAAGGGGAUCAGCUGCUCAGCGCAACUGUGUUCUUUGACAACAUUAAAUAUGAAGAUGCUCUCAAAAUCUUGCAGUACUCAGAGCCAUACAAGGUUCAGUUCAAAAUCAAACGGAGACGCCCCACCCAGGAGGAGGACGACUGGGCAUCCAUCAGGGCCCAGCAUGGCCCAAAAGGCGAGGACGAGCAGGACAAGGAUGACACUGACAAGUGCAGAGAGUCCCCUACGAAGACCCUGGACAGAGAUGGGGAUGAGGAGAGACUCCUCUCCAAGCCCAGGGUGGGGAGAGGCCGGCAGGCCCAGAGGGAGCGGCUGUCCUGGCCCAAAUUCCAAGGAAUAACAGGCAGGCGGGCACCCCGGCGGUCACACAGCUCUUCAGAAGCCUACGAGCGUGGGGACGGGCCGGAUGUGUCCCCCACAAGCACAGAUACAGAGGCCCAGCUCAUGGCAGAGCAGCAGGAACAGAGGUCAGGAACAGGCCAGAGGAGAAAGUUCCUGAACCUGCGAUUCAGGACGGGCUCCGGGCAAGGCCCUUCUGUGCUGGGGCGACAUGGCAGAGGGCUUGCAAGUACGCUGGGCCAUGCUGCAGUUCCGGAGGAGUUGGGGCCUUGGGAGGACACCCUCGAGGACACUGGGGACACCACACAUGGCAGAGAAGAGGACAGGGCAGCACAGGAGCCAGAGGUGUUACCUGCUCAGGGCGUGCAGAGGCCUGCGGUGCAGGGUGGCCUCGGCCCUGAUGAGGGCGCCCCUGGAGCAAAAGCUGGAAAGGCAGCCAGACGCCAGAGGAAGGCCAAGGAUAAGAAGGCCCCCACAGAGGCUGCAGCCCAGAAACCCUGGCCACCUCCAGCUGUCGCAGUGAGCCAGGAGGGCGAGGAGGGGGUGCUGCAGAACCUGGAGGUGGGAAUUGCCAGGCUGUCCCUGCAAGACACGGCCCCAAGGAGAGCUGAGGUGCACACGCCAGAAAUCCGGGUCCGGAUACAUGAAUUUAAAACACCCAAGUUUGCAUUUUCCACAGAAGAAGCGCUGGAAACAGAAAGAGGUAGAGCAGCGCUGCAGGUAGGGGACACACAGGUCCCAUCCCAUAGAGAGGGCGCUGGCUCUGAGGAUGAGGAAGCAAGCAGGGCAAAAAGCCAUCGAGUCAGAGUUCAUACCAUGCAUGUUCAAGAACAGAAGGACAAAGAAAGAGAGAGGGAGCGAGAUGAGAAGAGCAGAGGAACUGAGGGGGAAGAGGACGAGAACAAAGAAGGAGCAGAAGCCAGGAUAAAAAUGCCAAAGUUCAAAAUGCCCACAUUUGGAUGGUCACCCAGUAGGGAGGCAAAGAUAGAGAAAGACAAGCCAAUUGAUGAGACACAGCGGGAAAAAGAAAAAAAGGCCACGGUUACAACCAGUGACAGAACACUGACAAGCACAAGACAUGUAUCCAGAGACAAAAGCUAUGCGGAGGAAUUGGAAACGACAUUUAAAAUGACAGAAGGGACAGAUGACAGAGACAAGGAAAGAAGAGAAUACAACCUCAAAGAAAAGAUGGUGGGCCAGAAGGACAGCAAGUUCAAGAUGCCCAAGUUCAAGAUGCCAUCAUUCGGGGUGUCAGCGCCAGGCAAGUCCAUCGAGGCCUCGGUGGAUGUGGACAUGGCCGCGCCCAACGUGGCAGUCGACGGGACGGUGCCCUCCAUCCAGGGAGACCUCAAGACCGGUGACCUCAGCAUCCAGCUCCCAUCCGCCGACCUGGAGGCCAAGGCUGACCAGGUGAGCGUGAAGCUCGCGGAGGGCCAGCUGCCCGAGGGAGAAGUGUCGGCACAGGUGACAGGAGCCGGCCUCAAAGGCCACCUGCCCAAGGUGCAGAUGCCCAGCUUCAAGAUGCCCAAAGUGGACCUCAAGGGCCCCCAGGUGGACGUCAAGGGCCCCAAGCUGGACCUGAAGGGCCCCAAGGGGGAAGUGAGCAUCCCUGACCUGGAGAUGUCUCUGUCCAGUGUGGAGGUGGACCUACAGGCCCCGGGAGCCAAGCUGGAGGCAGACCUGUCCCUGGGCGACAAGGACGUGGCCGCCAAAGAUGGCAAGUUCAAGAUGCCCAAGUUCAAGAUGCCAUCGUUUGGGGUGUGGGCGCCAGGCAAGUCCGAGACCUCGGUGGACGUGGAUAUGUCUGUGCCCAAGGUGGAGGCCGACGUGACGAUGCCCUCCAUCAAGGGAGACCUCAAGACCGGUGACCUCAGCAUCCAGCUCCCGUCCGCCAACCUGGAGGCAAAGGCCAGCCAGGUGGGUGUGAAGCUCCCAGAGGGACAGCUGCCCGAGGGAGAACUGUCGGCACAGGCAGCUGGAGCUGGCCUCAAAGGCCACCUGCCCAAAGUGCAGAUGCCCAGCUUCAAGAUGCCCAAAGUGGACCUCAAAGGCCCGCAGGUUGACGUCAAGGGCCCCAAGCUGGACUUGAAGAGCCCCAAGGGGGAGGUGAGCACCCCUGACCUGGAGGUGUCUCUGCCCAGCAUGAAGGUGGACCUCCAGGCCCCAGGAGCCCAGCUGGAGGGGGACCUGUCACUGGGAGACCAGGACAUGGCUGCCAAAGACAGCAAGUUCAAGAUGCCCAAGUUCAAGAUGCCGUCGUUCGGGAUGUCGGCGCCAGGCAAGUCCAUCGAGGCCUUGGUGGACGUGAACGUGGACGUGUCCAUGCCCAAGGUAAAGGCCGACUUGAUGGUACCCUCCAUCCAGGGUGAUGUCAAGACUGGUGAUUUCAACAUCCAGCUCCCGUCCAGCAACCUGGAGGCCAAGGCUGGCCAGGUGGGCGUGAAACUCCCGGAGGGCCAGCUGCCCGAGGGAGAGCUGUCAGCACAGACGUCAGGAGCCGGCCUCAAAGGCCACCUGCCCAAGGUGCAGAUGCCCAGCUUCAAGAUGCCCAAAGUGGACCUCAAGGGCACCCAGGUGGAUGUCAAGGGCCCCAGGCUGGACCAGACGGGCCCCAAGGGGGAGGUGAGCGCACCUGACUUGGAGUUGUCUCUGCCCAGUGUGGAGGUGGACCUCCAGGCCCCGGGAGCCAAACUGGAGGCGGACCUGUCCCUGGGCGAAAAGGACGUGGCCGCCAAAGACAGCAAGUUCAAGAUGCCCAAGUUCAAGAUGCCGUCGUUUGGGUUGUCGGGGCCAGGCAAGUCCAUCGAGGCCUCGGUGGACGUGGACAUGUCUGUGCACAAGGUGGAGGCUGACGUGAUGAUGCCCUCCAUCCAGGGCGACCUCAAGACUGGUGACCUCAGCACCCAGCUCCCAUCCGCCGACCUGGAGGCCAUGGCCGGCCAGGUGGGUGUGAUGCUCCAGGAGAGCCAGCUGCCCAAGAGAGAACUAUCGGUACAGGCACCUGGAGCUGGCCUCAAAGGCCACCUGCCCAAAGUGCAGAUGCCCAGCUUCAAGAUGCCCAAAGUGGACCUCAAGGGCCCCCAGGUGGACGUCAAGGGCCUCAAGUUGGACUUGAAGGGCCCCAAGGGGGAUGUGAGCGCCCCUGACCUGGAGGUGUCUCUGCCCAGCAUGGAGGUGGAUCUCCAGGCCCCAGGAGCCCAACUGGAGGGUGACCUGUCCCUGGGAGACCAGGACCUGGCCACCAAAGACAGAAAGUUCAAGAUGCCCAAGUUCAAGAUGCCGUCGUUCGGGGUGUCGGCGCCAGACAAGUCCAUCGAGGCCUCAGUGGACGUGGAUGUGUCCGCGCCCAAGGUGAUGGCCAAGGUGAUGGUGCCCUCCAUCCAGGGUGACCUGAAGACCGGUGACCUCAGCAUGCAGCUCCCAUCCGCCGACCUGGAUGCCAAGGCCGGCCAGGUGGGCGCGAAAAUCCCAGAGGGCCAGGUGCCCGAGGGAGAACUGUCGGCACAGGCAGCUGGAGCUGGCCUCAAAGGCCACCUGCCCAAAGUGCAGAUUCCCAGCUUCAAGAUGCCCAAAGUGGACCUCAAGGGCCCCCAGGUGGACGUCAAGGGCCCCAAGCUGGACUUCAAGGGCCCCAAGGGGGAGGUGAGCACCCCUGACCUGGAGGUGUCUCUGCCCAGCGUGAAGGUGGACCUCCAGGCCCCAGGAGCCCAGCUGGAGGGGGACCUGUCCCUGGGAGACCAGGACCUGGCCACCAAAGACAGUAAGUUCAAGAUGCCCAAGUUCAAGAUGCCGUCGUUCGGGGUGUUGGUGCCAGACAAGUCCAUCGAGGCCUCAGUGGACGUGGACAUGUCUGCACCCAAGGUGAUGGCCGAGGUGACGGUGCCCUCCAUUCAGGGUGACCUGGAGACCGGUGACCUCAGCAUGCAGCUCCCAUCUGCCGACCUGGAGGCCAAGGCCGGCCAGGUGGGCGUGAGGAUCCCAGAGGGUCAGCUGCCCGAGGGAGAACUGUCGGCACAGGUGGCUGGAGCUGGCCUCAAAGGCCACCUACCCAAAGUGCAGAUUCCCAGCUUCAAGAUGCCCAAAGUGGACCUCAAGGGCCCCGAGGUGGAUGUCAAGGGCCCCAAGCUGGACUUCAAGGGCCCCAAGGGGGAGGUGAGCGCCCCUGACCUGGAGUUGUCUCUGCCCAGCAUGGAGGUGAACCUCCAGGCCCCAGGAGCCCAUGUGGAAGGGGACCUGUCCCUGGGAGACCAGGACGUGGCCACCAAAGACAGAAAGUUCAAGAUGCCCAAGUUCAAGAUGCCAUCGUUCGGGGUAUCGGGGCCAGGCAAAUCCAUCGAGGCCUCGGUGGACGUUGACAUGUCCAUGACCAAGGUGAAGGCCGACAGGAUGAUGCCCUCCAUCCAUGGUGACCUGAAGACCGGUGACCUCGGCAUCCAGCUUCCGUCCGCCGACCUGGAGGCCAAGGCGGGCCAGGUGGGCAUGAAGCUCCCGGAGGGCCAGCUGCCCAAGGAAGAGGUGUCGGCACAGGUGACAGGAGCCGGCCUCAAAGGCCACCUGCCCAAGGUGCAGAUGCCCAGCUUCAAGAUGCCCAAAGUGGACCUCAAGGGUCCCCAGGUGGACGUCAAGGGCCCCAAGCUUGACUUGAAGGGCCCCAAGGGGGAGGUGAGCGCCCCUGACCUGAAGGUGUCUCUGCCCAGCGUGAAGGUGGACCUCCAGGCCCCAGGAGCCCAGCUGGAGGGGGACCUGUCCCUGGGAGACCAGGACGUGGCCGCCAAAGACAGCAAGUUCAAGAUGCCCAAGUUCAAGAUGCCGUCGUUUGGGGUGUCGGCGCCAGAAAAGUCCAUCGAGGCCUCAGUGGAUGUGGAGAUGUCCGCGCCAGAGGUGAUGGCCGAGGUGACAGUGCCCUCCAUUCAGGGUGAUCUGAAGACUGGUGACCUCAGCAUGCAGCUCCCAUCUGCAGACCUGGAGGCCAAGGCCGGCCAGGUGGGCGUUAGGAUUCCAGAGGGUCAGCUGCCCGAGGGAGAACUGUCGGCACAGGUGGCUGGAGCUGGCCUCAAAGGCCACCUGUCCAAGGUGCAGAUUCCCAGCUUCAAGAUGCCCAAAGUGGACCUCAAGGGCCCUGAGGUGGAUGUCAAGGGCCCCAAGCUGGACUUGAAGGACCCCAAGGGGGAGGUGAGCACCCCUGACCUGGGGGUGUCUCUGCCCAGCGUGGAGGUGGACCUCCAGACCCCAAGAGCCCUGCCGAAGGGAGACCUGUACCUGGGAGACCAGGACGUGGCAGCCAAAGACAGCAAGUUCAAAAUGCCCAAGUUCAAGACGCCGUCGUUCGGGGUGUCGGGACCAGGCAAGUCCAUCGAGGCCUCGGUGGACAUUGACGUGUCCGUGCCCAAGGUGGAGGCCGACAUGAUGAUGCCCUCCAUCCAUGGUGACCUGAAGACCGGUGACCUCAGCAUUCAGCUUCCAUCUGCCGACCUGGAGGCCAAGGCGGGCCAGGUGGGCAUGAAGCUCCCGGAGGGCCAGCUGCCCGAGAGAGAGGUGUCGGCACAGGUGACAGGACCUGGCCUCAAAGGCCACCUGCCCAAGGUGCAGAUGCCCAGUUUCAAGAUGCCCAAAGUGGACCUCAAGGGCCCCCAGGUGGACAUCAAGGGCCCCACACUGGACCUGAAGGGCCCCAAGGGGGAGGUGAGCGUCCCUGACCUGGAGGUGUCUCUGCCCAGUUUGGAGGUGGAUCGCCAGGCCCCAGGAGCCCAGCUGGAGGGGGACCUGUCCCUGGGAGACCAGGACGUGGCCGCCAAAGACAGCAAGUUCAAGAUGCCCAAGUUCAAGAUGCCGUCGUUCGGGGUGUCGGAGGUUGACGUGGACAUGUCCCCACCCAAGGUAAAGUCUGACUUGACGGUGCCCUCCACCCAGAGCGAUGUCAAGACUGGUGAUUUCAGCAUCCAGAUACUGUCCACCGACCUGGAGGCCAAGGCUGGCCAGGUUGGCGUGAAGCUCUCGGAGGGCCAGUUGCCCGAGGGAGAGUUGUCAGCAAAGGCAGCUGGGGCUGGUCUCAAAGGACACCUGCCUCAGGUGCAGAUGCCCAGCUUCAAGAUGCCCAAAGUGGACCUCAAGGGCCCACAGGUGGAUGUCAAGGUCCCCAAGCUGGAAUUGAAGGGCUCUAAGGGGGAGGUGAGUGCCCCAGACCUGGAGGUGUCUCUGCCCAGUGUGGAGGUGGACCUCCAGACCCCAAGAGUCCAGCUGGAAGGGGACCUGUCCCUGGGAGACCAGGACUUGGCUGCCAAAGACAGCAAGUUCAAGAUGCCCAAGUUCAAGAUGCCGUCGUUCGGGGUGUCGGGGCCAGGCAAGUCCAUCGAGGCUUCAGUGGACGUGGACGUGUCCAUGCCCAAGUUGGAGGCCGAUGUGAUGAUGCCUUCCAUCCAUGGCGACCUGAAGACUGGAGACAUCAGCAUCCAGCUCCCGUCUGCCGACCUGGAGGCGAAGGCUGGCCAGGUGGGUGUGAAGCUCCCGGAAGGCCAGCUGCCUGAGGGAGAGCUGUCAGCACAGACGUCAGGAGCUGGCCUCAAAAGCCACCUGCCCAAGGUGCAAAUGCCUAGCUUCAAGAUGCCCAAAGUGGACCUCAAGGGCCCCCAUGUGGAUGUCAAGGGCCCCAAGCUAGACAAGAAGGGCCCCAAGGGGGAAGGGAGUGCCCAUGACCUGGAGGUAUCCCUGCCCAACGUGGAGGUGGACCUCCAGGCCCCGGGAGCCAAGCUAGAGGCGGAUCUGUCCCUGAGAGACAAGGAUGUGGCCACCAAAGACAGCAAGUUCAAGAUGCCCAAGUUCAAGAUGCCGUCGAUCGGGGUGUCGGGCCCCGGCAAGUCCAUGGAGACCUCAGUGGAUGUGGACGUGUCCAUGCCCAAGGUGGAGGCCAAUGUGAUGAUGCCCUCCGUCCAGGGCGACCUCAAGACCGGUGACCUCAGCAUCCAACUCCCGUCCACCGACCUAGAGGCCAAGGCCGGCCUGGUGGGUGUGAAGCUCCCAGAGGGCCAGCUGUCCGAGGGAGAGCUGUCAGCACAGGUAGCUGGAGCCGGAUUCAAAGGCCACCUGCCCAAGAUGCAGAUGCCCAGCUUCAAGAUGCCCAAAGUGGACCUCAAGGGCCCCCAGGUGGACGUCAAGGGCCACACGCUGGACGUGAAGGGCCCCAAGGGCAAGGUGAGCGCCCCUGACCUGGAGGUGUCUCUGCCCAGCGUGGAGGUGGACCUCCAGGCCCCAGGAGCCCAGCUGGAGGAGGACCUGUCCCUGGGAGACCAGGACGUGGGUGCCAAAGACAGUAAGUUCAAGAUGCCCAAGUUCAAGAUGCCGUCGUUUGGGGUGUCGGCGCCAGGCAAGACAAUCGAGGCCUCGGUGGACGUGGAUGUGUCCAUGCCCAAGGUGGAGGCCGAUGUGAUGAUGCCCUCCGUCCAGGGCGACCUCAAGACUGGUGACCUCAGCAUCCAACUCCCGUCCACCGACCUAGAGGCCAAGGCCGGCCUGGUGGGUGUGAAGCUCCCAGAGGGCCAGCUGUCUGAGGGAGAGCUGUCAGCACAGGUAGCUGGAGCCGGAUUCAAAGGCCACCUGCCCAAGAUGCAGAUGCCCAGCUUCAAGAUGCCCAAAGUGGACGUCAAGGGCCCCCAGGUGGACGUCAAGGGCCCCAGGCUGGACGUGAAGGACCCCAAGGGGGAGGUGAGCGCCCCUGACCUGGAGGUGUCUCUGCCCAACGUGGAGGUGGACUUCCAGGCCCCAGGAACCCAGCUGGAGGAAGACCUGUCCCUGGGAGACCAGGACGUGGCUGCCAAAGACAGCAAGUUCAAGAUGCCCAAGUUCAAGAUGCCGUCGUUUGGGGUGUCAGAGUCAGGCAAGUCCAUCGAGGCCUCCCUGGACGUGGACGUGUCUGCGCCUAAGGUAAAGGCCGACUUGACAGUACCCUCCAUCCAGGGCGAUGCCAAGACUGGUGAUUUCAGCAUCCAGCUCCCAUCCACCGACCUGGAGCCCAAGACCGGCCAGGUGGGCGUGAAGCUCCCGGAGGGCCAGCUGCCCAAGGUAGAGCUGUCGGCACAGGUGACAGGAGCCGGCCUCAAAGGACACCUGCCCAAGGUGCAGAUGCCCAGCUUCAAGAUGCCCAAACUGGACCUCAAGGGCCCCCAGGUGGACGUCAAGGGCCACACGCUGGACAUGAAGGGCCCCAAGGCAGAAGUGAGCGUCCCUGACCUGGAGGUGUCUCUGGCCAGCGUGGAGGUGGACAUCCAGGACCCGGGAACCAAGUUAGAGGGAGACCUGUCCCUGGGCGACAGGGACGUGGCCGUCAAGGACAGUAAGUUCAAGAUGCCCAAGUUCAAGAUGCCAUCGUUCGGGGUGUCGGCACCAGGCAAGUCCUUUGAGGCCUCGGUGGACGUGGAUGUGUCCAUGCCCAAGGUGGAGGCCGACGUGACGGUGCCCUCCAUCCAGGGCGACCACAAGACCGGUGACUUCAGCAUUCAGCUCUUGUCUGCCGACCUGGAGGGUAAGGCUGGCCAGGUGGGCGUGAAGCUUCAAGAGGGCCAGCUGCCUGAGGGAGAGCUGUCGGCAAAGGCAGCUGGGUCCAGUCUCAAAGGACACCCGCCCAAGGUGCAGAUGCCCAGCUUCAAGAUGCCCAAAGUGGACCUCAAGGGCCCCCAGGUGGACAUCAAAGGUCCCAAGCUGGACUUGAAGGGCCCCAAGGGCAAGGUGAGUGCCCCUGACCUGGAGGUGUCUCUGCCCAGCGUGGAGGUAGACCUCCAGACCCCAAGAGCCCAGCUGGAAGGGGACCUGUCCCUGGGAGACCAGAACGUGACUGCCAAAGACAGCAAGUUCAAGAUGCCCAAGUUCAAGAUGCCGUCGUUUGGGGUGUUGGCGCCAGGCAAGACAAUUGAGGCCUCGGUGGACGUGUCCAUGCCCAAGGUGGAGGCCGAUGUGAUGAUGCCCUCCGUCCAGGGCGACCUCAAGACCGGUGACCUCAGCAUCCAGCUCCCGUCCACCGACCUGGAGGCCAAGGCCGGCCAGGUGGGUGUGAAGCUCCCAGAGGGCCAGCUGCCUGAGGGAGAGCCGUCAGCACAGGCGGCUGGAGCCGGAUUCAAAGGCCACUUGCCCAAGAUGCAGAUGCCCAGCUUCAAGAUGCCCAAAGUGGACCUUAAGGGCCCCCAGGCUGAUGUCAAGGGCCCCAAGCUGGACUUGAAGGGCUCCAAGGGGGAGGUGAGCGCCCCAGAGCUGGAGGUGUCUCUGCCCAGAGUGGAGGUGGACCUCCAGGCCCCAGGAGCCCACCUGGAGGGGGACCUGUCCCUGGGAGACCAGGACGUGGCAGCCAAAGACAGCAAGUUCAAGAUGCCUAAGUUCAAGAUGCCGUCGUUUGGGGUGCCAGCGCCAGGCAAGACAAUCGAGGCCUCGGUGGACGUGGACGUGUCCAUGCCCAAGCUAAAGGCUGACUUGAUGGUGCCCUCCAUCCAGGGCGACGUCAAGACUGCUGAUUUCAGUAUCCAGCUCCCGUCCACCAACCUGGAGGCCAAGACCGGCCAGGAGGGCAUAAAGCUCCCGGAGGGCCAGCUGCCUGAGGGAGUGCUGUUGGCAAAAGCAGCUGGGUCCAGUCUCAAAGGACACCUGCCCAAGGUGCAGAUGCCCAGCUUCAAGAUGCCCAAAGUGGACCUCAAGGGACCCCAGGUGGACAUCAAGGGCCCCAAGCUGAACUUGAAGGGCCCCAAGGGGGAGGUGAGCACCCCUGACUUGGAGGUGUCUCCGCCCAGCAUGGAGGUAGACCUCCAGGACCCAGGAGCCCAGCUGGAAGGGGACCUUUCCCUGGGUGACAAGGACGUGGCCACCAGAGACAGCAAGUUCAAGAUGCCCAAGUUCAAGAUGCCGUCGUUUGGGGUGUUGGCGCCAGGCAAGUCCAUUGAGGCCUCAGUGGACGUGGAUGUGUCUGCCCCCAAGGUAAAGGCUGACUUGACGGUGCCCUCCAUCCAGGGCGAUAUCAAAACAGGUGAUUUCAGCAUCCAGCUCCCGUCUGCCGACUUGGAGGCCAUGGCCGGCCAGGUGGGCGUGAAGACCCCGGAGGGCCAGCUGCCCGAGGGAGAUGUGUCGGCACAGGCGGCAGGAGCCGGCCUCAAAGGCCACCUUCCCAAGGUGCAGAUUCCCAGCUUCAAGAUGCCCAAAGUGGACCUCAAGGGCCCCCAGGUGGAUGUCAAGGGCCCCAAGCUAGACAUGAAGGGCCCCAAGGGGGAAAUGAGCGCCUGUGACCUGGAGGUAUCUCUGCCCAGCGUGGAGGUGGACCUCCAGGCCCCAAGAGCUAAGCUGGAGGCGGACCUGUCCCUGGGCGACAAGGAUAUGGCUUCCAAAGACAGCAAGUUCAAGAUGCCCAAGUUUAAGAUGCCGUCAUUUGGGGUGUCAGCGCCAGGCAAGUCCAUCAAGGCCUUGGAGGACGUGGACAUGUCCAUGCCCAAGGUGGAGGCCAAUGUGACGGUGCCCUCCAUCCAGGGCGACCUCAAGACCGGUGACCACAGCAUCCAGCUCCCGUCUGCUGACCUGGAGGCCAAGGCUGGCCAGGUGGGCGUGCAGCUCCCAGAGGGCCAUCUGCCCGAGGGAGAGGUGUCGGCACAGGUGGCAGGAGCCGGUCUCAAAGGACACCUGCCCAAAGUGCAGAUGCCCAGCUUCAAGAUGCCCAAAGUGGACCUCAAGGGUCCCCAGGUGGAUGUUAAGGGACCCAAGCUAGACAUGAAGGGCCCCAAGGAUGGAGUGAUCGUCCGUGACCUGGAGGUGUCUCUGCCCAGCAUGGAGGUGGACCUCCAGGCCUCGGGAGUCAAGCUGGAGGCAGACCUGUCUGUGAGCGACAAGGACAUGGCUUCCAAAGACAGCAAGUUCAAGAUGCCCAAGUUCAAGAUGCCAUCGUUCGGGGAGUCGGCGCCAGGCAAGUCCAUCGAGGCCUUCGUGGACGUGGACAUGUCUGGGCCCAAGAUGGCAACCGACGUGAUGGUGCCCUCCAUCCAGGGCGACCUUAAGACCGGUGACCUCAGCAUCCAGCUCCCGUCCGCUGUUCUGGAGGCCGAGGCCAGUCAGGUGGGAGUGAAGCUCCCAGAGGGCCAGCUGCCCGAGGGAGAGCUAUCGGCACAGGCGGCUGGAGCUGGACUCAAAGGUCACCUGCCCAAGGUGCAGAUGCCCAGCUUCAAGAUGCCCAAAGUGGACCUCAAGGGCCCCCAGGUGGACAUCAAGGGCCCAAAGCUGGACUUCAAGGGCCCCAAGGGGGAGGUGAGUGGCCCUGACCUGGAGGUGUCUCUGCCCAGUGUGGAGGUGGACCUCCAGGCCCCAGGAGCCCAACUGGAGGGGGAUCUGUCCCUGGGUGACAAGGAUGUGGCCACCAGAGACAGCAAGUUCAAGAUGACCAAGUUCAAGAUGCCGUCGUUCGGGGUGUCGGCGCCAGUCAAGUCCAUCAAGGCCUUGGUGGAUGUGGACGUGUCCGCGCCUAAGGUAAAGGCCGACUUGACAGUGCCCUCCAUCCAGGGCGACGUCAAAACUGGUGAUAUCAGCAUCCAGCUCCCGUCUGCCGACUUGGAGGCCAUGGCUAGCCAGGUGGGCGUGAAGCCCCCGGAGGGCCAGCUGCCCGAGGGAGAGGUGUUGGCACAGGCAGCAGGAGCCGGCCUCAAAGGCCACCUUCCCAAGGUGCAGAUUCCCAGCUUCAAGAUACCCAAAGUGGACCUCAAGGGCCCCCAGGUGGAUGUCAAGGGCCCCAAGCUAGACAUGAAGGGCCCCAAGGGGGACGUGAGCGCCCGUGACCUGGAGGUGUCUCUGCCUAGCGUGGAGGUGGAUCUCCAUUCCCCAGGAGCCAAGCUGGAGGGAGACCUGUCCCUGGGCGACAAGGAUGUGACCACCAAGGAAAGCAAGUUCAAGAUGCCCAAGUUCAAGAUGCCAUCAUUCGGGGUGUCGGCGCCAGGCAAGUCCUUCGAGCCCUCGGUGGAUGUGGACAUGUCUACACCCAAGGUGGAGGCCGACGUGAUGGUGCCCUCCAUCCAAGGUGACCUCAGCAUCCAGCUCCCGUCCGCCAACCUGGAGGUCAAGGCUGCCCAGGUGGGUGUGAAACUCCCGGAGGGCCAGCUGCCUGAGAGAGAGUUGUUGGUACAGGCGGCUGGAGCUGGACUCAAAGGCCACCUGCCCAAGAUGGAGAUUCCCAGCUUCAAGAUGCCCAAAGUGGACCUCAAGGGCCCCGAGGUGGAUGUCAAGGGCCCCAUGCUGGACCUGAAGGGCCCCAAGGAGGAGGUGAGCACCCAUGACUUGGAGGUGUCUCUGCCCAGCGUAGAGGUAGACCCCCAGGCCCCAGGAGCCAAACUGAAGGCGGACUUGUCCCUGGGCCACAAGGAUGUGGCCGCCAAAGACAGCAAGUUCAAGAUGCCCAAGUUCAAGAUGCCGUCGUUCGGGCUGUCGGCGCCAGGCAAGUCCAUCGAGGCCUCGGUGGAUGUAGAUGUGUCCGCGCCCAAGGUGGCGGCCGACGUGACGGUGCCCUCCAUCCAGGGUGACCUCAAGACUGGUGACCUCAGCAUCCAGCUCCCAUCUGCCGACCAGGAGGCUAAGGCCGGCCAGGUGGGCAUGAAAAUCCCGGAGGGCCAGCUGCCUGAGGGAGAGCUGUCGGCAAAGGCAGCUGGAGCCGGCCUCAAAGGCCACCUGCCCAAGGUGCAGAUGCCGAGCUUGAAGAUGUCCAAAGUGGACUUUAAGGGCCCCCAGGUGGAUGUAAAGGGCCCCAUGCUGGACCUGAAGCGCUCCAAGGGGGAGGUGAGUGCCCCUGACCUGGAAGUGUCUCUGCCCAGUGUGGAGGUGGACCUCCAGGCCCCGGGAGCCAAACUGAAGGGUGACCUGUCCCUGGGCGACAGGGACGUGGCUGCCAAGGACAGCAAGUUCAAGAUGCCCAAGUUCAAGAUGCCAUCGUUCAGAGUGUCAGCGCCUGGCAAGUCCAUCGAGGCCUCGGUGGACGUGGAUGUGUCCACCCCCAAGGUGGAGGCCGACGUGACAGUGCCCUCCAUCCCGGGCGACCUAAAGACCGGUGACCUCAGCAUCCGGCUCCCGUCCGCCGACCUGGAGGCCAAGGGCGAUCAGGUGGGUGUGAAGUUCCCGGAGGGUCAGCUGCCUGAGGGAGAGCUGUCAGCACAGACUUCUCGACCUGGACUCAAAGGGCGCAUAUCCCAAUUUGAUUUCCAGGCCUCCAAUGCUACGUUGCAAGGGGACCUGUCUGUGAAUGUGAAGGACGUUUCCACCAAAGACAGCAAAUUCAAAAUGCCUAAAGUGAGCAUGCCGUCCUUUGCGUGGCAUUCUCGCAAAUCAUCAACUUCAUCUGAUGUUGAGGGAAGUAUUACAUUUUCUGACAAGACUCAUAUUGCUGGUGAAAUCGACUCUGAUAUUGUUAUUUCAAGUGGUUGUCAUCAACCCGUUAUUGAUACCUUGUCAGGUAUUUCUAUUGAAAAAAUUGGAGAAGGAAUGAAAUUCAAGAAACCUCACUUAGAAAUGCACCAAGUGUCCUUUUCUUCAGCUAAAACUUCUAAGGACCCUGUAGUCCUGGAUGGAGACUCACAUGCAGCUGAAGGUGCCCUGGUCUCUGGUGUAUGUCUCAUGCAGAGUGCCCUAGGAUCCCUCUCAGCAUCUCAGGGAUUGGAGUCUUUGCCAGAGCCUGAGCUGGGCUUGGAAAGAUCCUUGCAGGCAUCCAAGGUUGGCGUUGCUGAAUUUCCUUCAUGCAGGCUUGACCUCACUGGUUCCCAUGUGGACUCUUCCAUCCUCAGUCUUAAUGAGGGUGUCUCUCUUACUAAAUACCAGGUAACUCUUCCCAAAGCUGCCUUGGCCUCUGAACUUAUUCUGGAAACUUCCAUACCUCAGGCUGAUAUUGGCCUUGCUGUCACCGAGAGCUCUGCUGACUUUCACUCUCUAGAGGACAUUCAAGUGCCUCAAACUUAUAGUCACCCUGACCCUGUGGGCCCCCUGUUUCCUGCCUCUCCUGUUCGGGUGACUUUUCCAAAAUUCCAUAAACCAAAGUUUGGGUUUUCCAUCCCAAGAGCAACCAUUCCGGAUGGAGAUUCACGUGCAGCAGAAGGUGCCCCGGUCCCAUCUCCUCUUAGCCCUGGAUGGGGGCUGGACCUUCCGGCUGAGCAAGUCAUUGUAUCCUUGUCAAGCACUCAGCUGCCAGCCACAAGCCUCUCUGUGUCCCCGGGGAUGGAGGAGCACUCAGGCUCCCUGGGGACAGCAGCAGCCACUGGCAUAGCCCCAGUGGAAAAUGUUGAACACGAUGAGAAGGGGAGUCCUUUCAAAAUGCCAAAGUUCAAACUUCCGUCAUUUAGAUGGUCUCCAAAGAAGGAGGCAGAGCCAAAAGGAGACCCUGAAUGCAGCCUGAAGGACUCAGACCUCAAUGUGGUAUUAGACAUGGACACAGUGGACACCCAGCCUGGGGCUUACAUGUCCCCAGUGGAAAUGCAUGUGGACCUGCCUCCUGAGCAGGAUGGAGAGAAGGGACGGGUCCGGAAGCCCAGUUUUGCCAGGCCCAGACUCGCCCUUCCCAAGAUGAAGGCACCUAAGGGUGUGGUCGGCCUGCCACAGGAAGAUGUGGACCCUUCGCUUCCUAGUACGACAGUAGGGAGUAGCUUUUCAGCCACGGAAGGGGUCAGCGGUGAUGGUGGCAGUGAGCACCAUGGUGUAAUAGUGGGCACCCCAGAAGCAGAGGGUGUGAACCUGCAUCUGCCUCAGGUCCACAUUCCCAGUUUGGGCUUUGCCAAACCCGAUCACAGGUCCUCCAAGACCAAGGUGGAGGUGAGCCUGACCGAAGCAGAUGUGCUUCUUCCCAAACGAGUUGGGGACAUCCCAGCAGCCCAGCCCUGUGGGGAAGGGACAGCCCUCACAACAGAAGACCCUGUCCAGCCGUCCUGUCAAAAACCAGAUGCUGAAGUCCCCACUGUGGAAGGCCCAGAGCAGGAGGCCAUCACAGGAGAAGUGCCCGUGGACUCGCAGGAGAGCUGGUUUAAAAUGCCCAAGUUCCGCAUGCCCAGCCUCAGACGGUCCUCCAGGGACAAGGGCCGGGCUGGGAAGCAGGAAGCAGCUCCAACACAGGCCCUAACUGACAGUGCAGCAACACAGGGUGCAGCAGCGGCUGGCGUCAAGGGGUUCCCCAUCCCUGAGUCAAAAGUGGAGUCAAGUGUGUCCCUGCAGCCCCCAGAAGCAGAUGCAGGUGUGACAGCUUCCGAGAGCAAGUUGUCCACAGAUGUUCGCAGGCAUGAUCUUGGCAGCACGGGCUGGAAGACGUGCCUCUCCACCGCCAGGAUGCCCGAAGCUGAGCCUUCCCCUUCUGAGGCCAGGGUCCAUCGGGCCGAAGGCCCCCUCCCUGAUCAGAUGUCUGGUGUGAGAACUUCAGAGACCCAGGCUCCUCUGGGGGCAGCAGGUGGGACUUCUAUUCCCAUACCAGGAGCAUUUGACAUUGCCAGGUUGGAGGAGAAAACAGAGCCCGAAGGUCCUCUUAAACUGAAGGCAUCGAGCACAGAUGUCCCGUCCGUGAUAUCUGUGGUUAACAUGAAUCAAGUCUGGGAAGAUUCUGUGCUCACUGUCAGAUUCCCCAAAUUGCGGGUCCCCAGGUUUUCCUUCCCUGCCCCCAGCUCAGAGGCCGAUGUGUUCAUUCCUACUGUGCGGGAAGUGCAGUGUCUAGAGGCUGGUGUUGAUGCAGCCCUGUGUAGGGAAAGUCCCGGGCUCUGGGGAGCCAGCCUCUUGAAGGCAGGCACUGGGGCCCCCGAGGAGCAGCCCCUGGACCUCGACCUCUCCUUGGAAGCAUCGCCCAUUUCAAAGGUCAGAGUACACAUUCAGAGUGCCCAGGUCAAGAGCCAUGAGGUCACCAUCCACAGCAGGGUGACAUCGGAGUUUGUGGAUGUCCCGUCACCCGAGCCUUUCUCCACCCAGAUUGUGCGGGAAUCAGAGAUCCCGGUGUCUGAGAUUCAGACACCCGCUUAUGGAUUUUCCUUGCUGAAGGUGAAGAUCCCAGAGCCCCCCACACAGGUUGGAGUGUGUGCAGUGGCUCAGCAUGCUCGGACUUGGGAGGACUUGGAAGAGACUCCCACACAGGCUACCCUAGGAGGAGACUCCAUUUCCAGAGACCCCCAGCCUGAUGCCGGAGAACCAUUUGAGAUAAUCUCUCCUGGUGAUCACGUGCCAGGGCCACAAGCACUCCCGUGUGAAGUUCACUCUGGCAGCCAGCUAGCAGACAGCUGUUCAGAUGAGGAACCGGCAGAAAUCCUUGAGUUUUUCCCUGAUGGCAGCCAAGAGGCGGCUUCAUCACUGACCGAAGCAGACAGCACUCCAAGAGAGAGACCGGGAAGCAAAAAGCCUUCUAGCCUCUGGUUUUGGUUUCCAAAUAUUGGGUUUUCUUCUUCUGUUGAAACAAGCGUUGAUUCCAAAGAUGAGGUCCCGAGGUCUGCUCCUGUGCAGACUCAGCCUGAGGCACGUCCAGAGGCAGAACUGCCCAGAAAGCAGGAGAAGGCAGGCUGGUUCCGAUUUCCCAAAUUAGGGUUCUCUUCUCCCUCCAAGAAGGGCAGAAGCACAGAAGACGAGGCUGACUCGGCAGAGAAGCUCCAGGAAGAAACAGUCACCUUUUUUGAUGCCCGAGACAGCUUCUCUCCGGAAGAGAAGGAGGAAGGUGAGCUGGGAGGGGCUUCAAACGCCGGGCCAGGCUCCAGAGGGAUGGUGACUUCUGUGGCAAGAACAGAGUUAAUCCUGCUGGAGCAGGAUAGAAAGGUUGGUGACAAAUCUCGGGGAAGUGGGAUGGGUUCCGGGGACUCUGCGCAGACGAGAGCGCUAAGGUCUCGGGCGUCCUUUGGCGGGACGAGACAUCCUGGUGUCGCCCUGGCCGCCCGUUGUCGCGCCCCGCUCGCCGGCCCCUGCGCGUAG